AUGGAACUCUCAAAUUUGCAAAGCAACGAAGAAAAUAAUACCACUCAAGAACCCCACCAAUCGCACCACCAUCACCAGCAGCACCAUCAUCAUCAUCUCCAACAACAACAACUAUCUUUUGAUGGCAAAUCAGCAGGAGGAGGACCAUCACAGAGUCCUUUCAUGGGCUCCAUCUCCAUCCAAGCUGGCCUCCACCAUCACCAUAAUCUUGGUGCAUCGUCAACUCCAACUACUGCUAAUACUGGGUCGGGACCUUCACCAUCAUCUUCACCUCUAUCUUCUUCCUCUUCCUCCACCUCCGCAUCUACUUCUUCCACAACCCCAACACGCCUCGUCGACGCCUCUCUCGCCAUCGCCACCAGAUCUGGCCCUUCUCUCGUAGACUCCACGAAAAAGAACCAACAAAAUCUAUCCGUUGUUCCAGCAGCCACAAACAGUAGUAGCGCAGUCACAACAGCAGCGGUAACACCCGCAAAGCGGUCCACAAAGGACCGACACACAAAAGUAGAUGGUCGAGGGAGGAGAAUUAGAAUGCCAGCAACAUGUGCAGCAAGGGUUUUUCAAUUGACGAGAGAAUUGGGUCACAAGUCUGAUGGAGAAACGAUUGAGUGGUUAUUACAGCAAGCAGAACCAGCAAUUAUAGCAGCCACUGGGACUGGUACUAUCCCAGCAAAUUUUUCAACGCUCAAUGUUUCUUUAAGGAGCAGUGGUUCCACUCUUUCAGCUCCUCCUUCUAAAUCGGCGCCUCAUUCUUUCCAUAGCGCUCUUGGUUUGUCUCAUCAUCCUCAUUAUGAAGAAGGGUUUGCGCACUCGGGAUUUUUAGGGUUCCACCAGCAGCAGCAUCUAAUGACAGCAGAUCAAAUGGCGCAAGCACUGCCAAUUGGUGCUGGUGCCGGUGGCAGUGGCGGGGAGAGUGGUGGUGGUGGUGGAGAAGAGAAUUAUAUGAGGAAACGCUUUAGAGAAGAUUUAUUCAAGGAGGACAAUCAACAAGAACAAGGAGAAAGUGGCGGCGGCGAUGAUGGAGGAGAAGAGUCUCCUAUUAAAGCAUUCAAAGGUGGUUCACAGCUACCAAAACCACAACAAGAGACAGGAUCUUCAGGGUUAGUUAGGCCAUCAAAUAUCCUGCCUGCCACUGCCAUGUGGGCAGUGGCACCAGCACCGCCGAGCAGUGGUGCUGGUAACACAUUUUGGAUGCUGCCAGUGACUGCUGGUGCCGGUGGCGGUCCUCCUUUGGCCACCGCGACAUCUGUAGCUUGUCAUUCAGAACCCCAGAUUUGGCCUUUUGCUACAGCCACACCGACAAGUGGAAACACAUUGCAAGCUCCGCUACAUUUUAUGCCAAGAUUUAAUCUUCCUACUAGUCUUGAAUUUCAAGGUGGAAGAGGGAAUCCUUUACAGUUGGGGUCUAUGUUAAUGCAGCAGCAGCAGCAACAACAACAACAACCGUCUCAGCAUCUGGGGUUAGGCAUAUCAGAGUCUAAUUUGGGGAUGUUGGCUGCUCUCAAUGCAUAUUCAAGAGGUGGUUUGAAUAUGAAUUCCGAACAAGAUAAUCCAUUAGAUCAGCAUCACCACCAACACCACCACCAGCAUCAGCAGCAGACUACUGAUAGUGGAGAUGAAGAUCCAAACAGUUCUCAAUGA